GUACAUCUGUUUGGAGCAUCUCUGGGAGGAUUCUUGGCUCAGAAGUUUGCUGAGUAUACACACAAGUCUCCCCGAGUGCACUCGCUCAUCCUCUGCAACUCAUUCAGCGACACCUCCAUCUUUAACCAGACAUGGACUGCAAACAGUUUCUGGUUGAUGCCAGCGUUCCUGCUGAAGAAGAUUGUUCUGGGAAACUUUGCAAAAGGACCUGUGGACCCUAAAAUGGCAGAUGCAAUUGAUUUCAUGGUAGACAGGCUGGAGAGUUUGAACCAAAGUGAGUUAGCAUCGCGACUAACGCUCAACUGUCAGAACUCUUAUGUGGAGCCACACAAGAUAAAGGACGUUGCUGUGACCAUCAUAGAUGUGUUUGAUCAGAGCGCUCUGUCACUGGAAGCCAAAGAGGAGAUGUAUAAGCUGUAUCCUAACGCCAGAAGAGCGCACCUGAAAACGGGAGGAAACUUCCCGUACCUGUGCAGGAGCGCUGAGGUCAACCUCUACAUACAGAUUCAUAUGCGCCAGUUUCACGGGACAAGGUACGCUGCUAUAAACCCUGCCAUGGUGAGCGCUGAGGAGCUGGAGAUGAGCAGUAACCAGGACUCUGAAGACUACCAGUGAGCUGGCAUCCACAGCUCGGGUCUUUCUGAGCAGAUUUCACAGGACGCUGGCAGAUUUUCUGUGGAGUUCAACAGCUAACCAGCACGUAACCUGAGAUUAUUUUUUAUUGAACACAUGAAGCAAUAUUUUGAUUAAAGAAGACCUGGACACAAAUGGGACUUUUGCACUGCGCUUUGCUUAAAAAAACAUCUAACACUCUGCCUUAUGUGGAAUGAUUCUGUCACUUGUACUGCCUGGACUGUGUUCACGCCUGUUUGGGACGGAGGAUAAAGUUAACACCACCAGCAGUAAACUGGUGUCAUGUUAAUAGCAAGAUGAACAGAAGGAUUCAUGGUGUAUAUCUGAAAAUGUUUGUAUAACUCCUUAAGAUAAAAUGACGUUUUUGUCUUUGUCACAUGUGCAGCUGUUUGUUUGUUUGUCUCAUGGAUGUGAAAAUACACUUUACAUGGUUUCUGUACAA